ACUGACGUCACUCCCAGGGUUCCAUUAAAGGGGGGGAAUUGUGUUUGGUUAAUGGCGACGAUGCAAUGAUGAUGGAAGACAAUCCAACAUCACAAAAUCACGCGGAACAACUCGGUGCUCCGUCUCCGCCGACGAAUAGUAUUAACGUUAGUGGUAAACAAAAUCAAGACGAUCAAAGACCGCAUUAUUCUAUACCCGGAAUACUCCAUUUCAUUCAGCACGAAUGGACGAGAUUCGAAAUGGAAAGAGCUCAAUGGGAAGUGGAGAGAGCGGAAUUACAGGCACGGAUAGCUUUUCUGCAAGGAGAGAGAAAGGGUCAAGAAAAUUUAAAACAUGAUCUCAUUAGAAGGAUAAAAAUGUUGGAGUAUGCUCUCAAACAAGAAAGAGCGAAAUUACAUAAGUUCAAAUACGGUACUGAUCCCAGUCCAGCAGAUUUAAAAGUUCCAAUAUUUGAUGAUAUGGGAAAAGAUGAGCAGUGUGAUGGAGAAUUAUUGAUAGCAAAUAAUAGUAAUGUUUCGUGGCAAAAAGGCAGACAAUUACUUAGACAAUAUUUACAGGAAAUAGGCUAUACCGACACAAUUAUAGACGUUAGGUCAUCUCGAGUUCGGACAUUAUUAGGAUUAUCACCAAAUAACAUGGAUUCUAAUGAGAAACAGACCACAUUUUCUACUAUGAAUGAUCAUAUAAAUAAAGGAGUAAACGACACUCAAAUAAGGAGAAUCCCUGCUAAGAAAUUUCCUAAUUCCAUCACUGAAAAUGCACUUUUGGAUGCCGAAGCAUCAGUUCUAGCAACAUUUGAUUUCUUAGCUUCUGAAAAUGCAGAUAUGGAUGAUGAUGAAGAUGGUUUCAGUGAUGAAAUUGACGAAUGUAAUAUGGCAGAUGAAGACGAACAUUUAGAAAAAAGAAUGAAAUCAAAAUCUCAGGGUAUUGGCAAUGAUACUGUCGCAACUAGAGUUGAUGAAGUGAUGAGGGAUGCCGAAACAGAAGAGGUACUUUCGGAAUUUGAUUUUUUGGGACCUGAUGCUGCUGAAGGUGCCGGAGAAGCCAGAAGUCAAGGGGACGGAUCGGAUUGGGAGAAAUCAGACGGUUGUUCUGAAGAGGAAUGGGGCAGUAAUCCUCAGAUCAUUAACAAGCUGGUGGAAGAAUACAGGAAAGAAAAGAAAAAUAGAAAGGGCGCAUCUCAGAGUAAGUUAGUCGCCUUUUUGGAGGAAAAUGGAAAAAUUGAACUGAUUAAAGGAUGUAAUGAAUUUAAAUAUUUAGGAACAAAAAUUACUAAUGAUGGUGGGAUGGAAAUUGAAAUUAGGGACAGAAUUAUGAAAGGAAGAUCUAUGAUAAGAAUAAUCCCUGCUAAGAAAUUUCCUAAUUCCAUCACUGAAAAUGCACUUUUGGAUGCCGAAGCAUCAGUUCUAGCAACAUUUGAUUUCUUAGCUUCUGAAAAUGCAGAUAUGGAUGAUGAUGAAGAUGGUUUCAGUGAUGAAAUUGACGAAUGUAAUAUGGCAGAUGAAGACGAACAUUUAGAAAAAAGAAUGAAAUCAAAAUCUCAGGGUAUUGGCAAUGAUACUGUCGCAACUAGAGUUGAUGAAGUGAUGAGGGAUGCCGAAACAGAAGAGGUACUUUCGGAAUUUGAUUUUUUGGGACCUGAUGCUGCUGAAGGUGCCGGAGAAGCCAGAAGUCAAGGGGACGGAUCGGAUUGGGAGAAAUCAGACGGUUGUUCUGAAGAGGAAUGGGGCAGUAAUCCUCAGAUCAUUAACAAGCUGGUGGAAGAAUACAGGAAAGAAAAGAAAAAUAGAAAGGGCGCAUCUCAGAGACCCAAACGGGUCAUAUUCAGAUCCUUGCAUGCCAGUAAUUCUGUCGGCGACGACAGAGACAUCCAACAUCUGUCCGAUUCAAAGACACCGUCAAAAGAAGCUCUGUGUUUGUUUCCUUCUGUAACGAAUCCAAGCAAUGAUAGUAACGUGAACGAUGACGAGGGACCUAAUCUCGAUUGUAUUUUGGAUCUUAUUGGAUCUCGGACGGGCUUUCGGCCCGAGGCGGAAGAAAAUGGUGUUCAGAGCGGGCCACUUCUAUUUCCUCCCGGUUCGCGUCACCCUUUACUAGGAGGAACCGGAAAUAAUGAAGAUUCAUUGGAGGCUCCUUUAGGAUUAGGCGAAUUAGCAGGACUAACAGUUAACAAUGAAGCCGACUCAACAUAUGAUAUUUCAUCAGCAAAGGAGGCAUUUAGGAAAACAUGGAAUGCAAAGUAUACAUUGAGAAGCCAUUUUGAUGGUGUUCGUUCUUUGGCCUUCCAUCCUGUGGAACCAGUAUUAAUCACUGCCUCUGAAGAUCAUACACUCAAAUUAUGGAAUUUACAGAAAACUGUUCCUGCCAAAAAAACUGCAUCUUUAGAUGUAGAACCAGUAUAUACAUUCAGAGGUCAUGUAGGGCCUGUUCUAUGCCUUGUGUUAGGUGUGAUGGGUGAGCAAUGUUUCAGUGGUGGUCUAGAUCAAACUAUUAGAUGUUGGAAUGUGCCAAGCUCAAACAGUGAUCCAUAUGAUUUAUUUGAUCCGGGAGUACUAACGGCAACAUUACAGGGUCAUACGGAUGCCGUCUGGGGUUUAUCAAUACAUAGUUCUAAGUUGCAGCUACUCUCCUGUUCUGCUGACGGCACAGUUCGGUUGUGGUCACCUCACAGUAAAGUACCCCUUUUACACACAUAUGGAUCCGAUAAAGAUGAUGGAACACCAACUUCUGUAGAUUUUAUCCACUGUGAUCCAUUGCAAAUGGUAACUGCGUACAAUUCUUCAAAUGCAGUCAUCUUCGAUUUAGAAACUGGCAAGCCAGUAGUACGCCUGGAGAGUAAUCAAAAUCCUGAAAUCAGUCAACAAAAUAAACAAAUUAAUAGGAUUAUUAGUCAUCCGACUCUACCUGUUACAGUUACGGCUCACGAAGACAGACACAUCCGUUUCUUUGAUAACAAUACCGGUCAAAUGGUUCACUCCAUGGUUGCACAUCUAGAUGCUGUUACUAGUUUAGCAAUUGAUCCAAAUGGUCUCUAUGUAUUAUCAGGAAGUCAUGAUUGCUCUAUCCGUCUUUGGAAUAUGGACAAUAAAACGUGUGUACAGGAGAUAACAUCCCACAGGAAAAAGUUUGACGAAGCCAUUUUCGACGUGGCAUUCCACCCUUCGAAGCCAUUCAUUGCCAGUGCAGGAGCCGACGCUUUAGCCAAAGUGUUUGUGUGAAUUUUCCGGAAACAAAAAAAAUCUAUAUAUAGUCAGUGUCACUCAAAAUAUGAGUUCCCAGUCAACAUCCCAAGGACUUUCAAAUGCACCCCAAAUUUAUUUAUUAACUAUAGUUAUGUGAAAUUGGGGUAUGUGUUUUGCAAAUGUCAGCAAAAAAAUAAAUAAAUAAAAUGGUUUUUAUUAGUCACUUCCCCUUAGGGCACAGAAAAAAAAAUCUACGAAACGUACAGAUUUUGGUUGAGCAAUUUAGCCGUUUAAUUUUCUGUGUUGUGUGAUGUUUAGAUAGAACAUGCAGGCAUGUGUUUUUUUUUUUUUUUUCUCCCCCUUCCUCUCCUUUUUCUAUCUGCAGCUUUCGAAACGUGAACGAAUUGCCGAAUCUGGUGCAUUUAGCUAUGUUAUGGGAUAACCAGUUUGAAAGUAUAUCGAAGAAUUAGCUGCCCACAACAUGACUUGGAGGGUUUGUUCAUCAUUCAUGAUUACAAAUUUUAUUUAGAAACAUGUUAGAAGUUAUUAUCAAAGUCAAACUGGUCAAUAAAUUCACAUAAAAAAAAAACUAUUUAACAAUCUUACUGCUAAAAUCUUUAAAAAAAAUUACACAAAAAAAAUCUAAUUUUAAAAUAUUAUAUAUUUUUAUGCCAAACUAGGUUUGGUUUGUAAUUUUUUUACCGAAUUCUUCAUAUUGAUGAUUUGAUAUUAUGUUUUUACUCACGAUGAGUUGUGAAAAUGUUUGUCGUACAAAUACUUUGUAGCAUUCUACGUAAGCAAUGCUAACUCAGUUUAGUUUUUAAGCCAAGCGACCAGUGACCAAUCAGUGAUACUUUGCCGAUAAAUUAUUCAACCCCCUUUUCCCCUAUUUUUUAGUGCCACAGUCGACAAGAAACGACGCAUUUCGUUUAAAGGCAAAUAUCCUGUAUAUAUUUAAAAAAAGUUGAAAAUCUUAGGCAUAUCCUUAGACUCGGAACAGCAUGAUUAGAUUAAAACCUACAGGAUAUAGUCGUAUAUUUCAUUAAGUAUAGAAACACGCAAUCCCGAAGCAUCGUUAAUUUUUUAUAUAUAUAUAUAAAUAUAUAUUUAGUUGUUUCCUGUAGGAUAACUGUGUUGUACAGUGUACAGAUUUUACCUCUUAACAUAUUCUGCCAUUAAUACCGAGAGAUCCCUCAUGUAUAAUUGGUGAAUGGAGUUCCUGGCGCAGGAUAGGUGAAUUCUGUUUAUCAGGCAGAAUUAGUUAUUUAUAAUUACCAUCUCCCAAUAGACCGGAUUUAAAAAAAAUUCUCUUUUUUUUCCCCCCCUCAACCUCGAUACUAACCGAUUAAAAAGCGGCAGUCAUUCAUCAUCAUGCGGCACCGCACAGUGGUCUGUGGUCUCUAUUUUUCUCUCUCUCUCUCUCUCUAGCCCGUCGAGAACACGAAGGAAUGCACGCUGUCGGCUUGGCUAAUGUGCUUCCUUUUAUAAUAAAAUAUUUCCAAGGGAACAGUAAUAUAUUGUUUUUUAAGUUUAUUCAUUUUUUAAAAAAAAUACAAAACAAAAAAUAAUGAUCAAACAUUCAUAAUUGAUUAAAUAAAAAAAAAUUAUAUUAAUAUUUGAAUGCCAUUUUUGUUGGCUUUGAACUAUAUAAAAAUAUAAAAAUAAAAAAAAAAGAAGUUAAAAUAUGCAACAGUUGAAAAAUUCCUACUUUUAUGAAUAAAUAUAGACAAAAAAAAUCACGAUAUCUGUCAGUUUUGAUUAUGGCCACCAUUUUUAUCGUGGCGGUCGUAUUUGGUAAAUAUUGCUGUUAAAACAAAAGAAAUAUAUCUGUUUUUAUGAUUGGAAUAUUUGCAAAUUAUGUUUGUAUCUGAAUCAGUUGUGUUUGAUAAAUAUCACCCCCUCAGCUCUGGACUACUAUAUUGUUCCAUUAAAGUCUCAUCUUUUUUA